UCAUACAGCUGAGUCUGACGGAACAUGACAUUUUAUUUGACAGAUCACUCUAUAAUACGCCUCCUGUAAACCAGAUGCCAGAGACCAAUUACAAUAAACUACACUGUAACCUAUCAUUUCAUCAUUUGUCAUUGCUCCGUCGUGGAAGUACCCUUCCCUUAUAACUUAGAAAUUGAUUCUUAUGAAGAUCUACAACUUGCAAAUGCAGUCGUCGAAAAUCAUUUACUAUAACUAAAAAUACCUGUUUUCAAGUUUUUCUAAAGAGUAUCUAACUAAGUUUUAUCAGUCACAUGACAAAUAUGGACAUAGAAUCGGUGACUUUUGAGGGUUUGGAGGCUACAGAUGUUAUUACUGUAGAAUUAGUGCCAGAGAGGAAAGGCCUCAUUCUGAAACAUUGUGAAUAUUAUGUAAGUUCUAGACGAUAUGGCACUACAGUCACAAGAAGAUAUAAUGAAUUUGCACAGUUAUAUGAAAUUUUAUAUGCAAAAUAUCCUUAUCGUGCAAUAUGCCGCUUGCCACCAAAACGCGUAGUUGUUGGUGGCGGUAGCCCACACUUCUUACAGCGGCGUCGGAUUGCUCUUCAACGUUGGCUAACACUCAUGGCGAGACACCCAGUCCUAGGUCACGAUGCAGAUCUGAGGAUGUUCUUGUGUGAAAUCGCUCCCAAAUUAGAUAAGCCUAAACAUGAUGAAUUUGUGUUAGCUGGAACACAGGAGAUUGAUUCUGAUAACUUGACUCCUGAGGACAUGCAAGCAAAGUUUAUAGCCGAACAAGAACAACUACGCUUAGUACAGUUAGGACUCAGUAGGAUGUCACAAAUUUUUCAAAAAGUGGAAAAUCGUUAUGAAGUGGAAAUGAAUGACAUCCGGGAAUUGGGUGCCGCACUGCAAGCUCUGUCCGCGCCCGCCGCCGCCGCCGGCGACACGCCUCGCUGGGCGCGCGUCAAGCUCGCUCUCGCCACCGCAGCGCAGUUGGCCCUGAAAAGUGACUGUUCUGGUGAACAGGACCUUAGCACUGAGGCCGGCGAAGCAGAAGAGGCGAAGGAACGCGUGGCGUUAGCCUUAGAAGCGCUGGCAGGCGGACGCGAGUUGUACGCGCGGCUCACGCGAGGUCUGCACGCGGAGCGCGCGGCAGCAGGUGCGGCGGCGACGGGCCCGGCCGCGCAGCUGCUGCGCGCCAGGCAUAAGUACGCACUGCGGUGUGCAUUGCAGGAGGCGAGUGUGGGUCGCGCAUACGCGUUGAGCGCACUGGAGGCGCUCGGAGCGGAGGCGCGCGCGGCGGCCUCCGCGCAUGCGCGCGCCGCUCGUCACUGGAGCGAGCUGCACGCAGCGCUGCGUUGAUUUAAUGCGGGUCAUAGCGUGAUUUAGUUCAAAUUCGUGUUAUUACUAUAAGUUCAAUGAAGCAAUUCGGUAUUUUGCAUUAAGUUUUGCUUUGAGGAUCAUUGCACAUACGUUGUCGUUGAACGAACACGAGGCUUUUUAUCGCGAUAUCACGCUGUGAAUUUUCACCUGGUAAUGUGGCCCCAGCACAUUAAAAGUCUAUCCACGUGUCUUGGUCGCCAGGUAGCUAACGCUAAAACGCAUGUAGAACUCCACAUUCCGUUAAUAUGACUGAAUCAGAAUCUAAUCAAAUACUUAUUUGCUCAUAUUUUUAUUGUUAUACAAAUUACUGUAUAUAACAUAAUAUAUGUAUAUACAGAAUAAUUUUUGUCGGUCUUCAAGGCCAAACUAAGAUUAGUAGGACUAGCGAAAAUGUAUCAAGAGAAUGGUCUCGAUAUAGAGAAAUACUUAUAAUACCUGCAUAAUAUUAGGAUUAUUCCCUAGCUGGUGAAAUAAAGCUACUUAUAAUAUUAUUGUAUUAUGUAACAAUUAAAUUUUACAAACAAAUAUCAAGUAGGUCUAAAGUAACAAUGUUAAUAUAAGAAGUCAAUUAAUAACAAUUGUUUUUACAACGAACUUAAUUAUUAGUCUUAUGUCUAUGUAACGUAAGGUUGGGCUAUCUGCGAGACGCUGAAUCAUAGUAGAUCAUGCAUUACAAUCAAAAUUAUACCCAAAUUACUAAAUUAUUAAGGACUGUUAUGAUGUAAACAGGGCUUUCCUCUUGUUAGAAGUAUUAUUCUUAUAUUGAUGGAUCUGACCGGAUAUCAUUAGCCAUCACAGUAUAUAUUUUUUUAUUCAUAAUGUUAGUAUGUUAUCUGCAUGUUUAGGGUAAUGUUUUGUUAUAUACUAUUAAUACUAGUAUGUAGCUGCGUAUAUCUGAAACUACUGACCUGAUUAUAACAUAUUUUGGCUUAUUAGUUGACCUGGAUAUAGCAAAUAUAAGAUGUAUACGAUACCGACAAUCUAUAAUCCGGUAUUUUAUAUAAUCAAUGUAAAUACCUAAAACGUUAGGUAAUGUAUGAAAUAUUAUUUAUUUUACACUUUGCCCAGGUAAUCUAUACCUACAAUACUGAACACGCAGUUGGAAAUGUGUGUAAAAGACGAGAGCAGGGAAUGUUUUAUGCUUAAACAUUUAUUUUUGGCGUUCGCCAGCGACUUCCACGGAAUUACUCAAUAUCCCAAAAGUAAAACACCUUAAUAUUAACGUGUUGUAUUUGUCGGUCAUUUUAUAAUUACAUGAAAUUGAUAAAUACAGACGAAAUUUACUUUAAUAUGUAAACUUUACUUUACUUUAAUUUUCGCCGGUGAUAAAGAGAUAUACCCUAGAUAAAGUAUGGAAAGAACAAUAAUAUUCAUGCUAUUUUAUAAAUUGCUCACACGACCCAGCUAUUCUGUACAUUGCCUAUGUACUAUAUAGAAUGCUUGAAAUAUAAAGAUCGUCCGUAACAUAUAUAAACACACGUCAUAAUAUUUAGAUAUUAUUUUGAUACAUUGGGUCAGGGAUGGCGAACCAAUGGCACGCGUGCCAGCACGUGACGAAAUAAUUCGGGCACGCGAUUAAUAUACCAAACAGUGUAUAUGUAUCUUUCUUUGGGCCUAACUUCGUUUAACAUCAGGUGGUGAAGCCACUUUACCGAGCCCCGAUUAAAAAAAAAUAGCAGGGUCAUAAAAAAGUUGCUAAAAAUGGGCACUCAGAUAGAUAAAAUCGGUCCUGGAUGGCACGUUACAGGCUAUAUUUUAAUUAAUAAAUAAAGGCACGUGAACCAAUAAAGGUUCGCCAUCCCUGCUUUAGAUAUUAGUGACAAAUGGAAAAAAAGUAGUUACCUACAAAACCAUACAUUAUUACAACCAUUUAUUUGUAAUAAUAUAGAAUUAUAUUCAGCCAUUGAAAUAUACAGAGUGUAACACGAACGAGGGAUCAACUGAGCAGGUAUUUUUUGUUUUUUUUUUUUAAUGUUUAUUCAAGAGUUUAAUUUCUUUCUGUCUUUAGAGGACAAUAAUAUGCAUCGAGUUAUCCCCUAUAUUAUAUCUUGUAGAUUUUAUAAAGUUCAAACGUUAUUUAGAUGUUUAUAAAUGUUAAGUUUACUAUUAAACUUCCAUUAGUACUCUAGGUAAGGUCAUAAUUUUAUAACUAAGCUAUUGAGUAUUUUAUUGUUUUUCAAGCAACAUACAUACACCGCCUUAUUACAAAACGAAGACUAACUAUAGUACCGGGUUUAAUUCCAGGUUUAAAUUAUGGACUAAGAAAAAUGGUAUUACAAAACCGAGUUUAUCGCUAGUCCGAGGACUAUCUGUGGUACUAAAGUUAAACCGCCGUGACCCCUAGUUUAACUCCAGCACUAACCUCGAAACAUCAAAUUUCAAAGUUGAUAAUUGUGUUUAGAGAACCAAAUAUAAACUAAAAUAGAAAAAAUGGAAAUCAAUUUGAUUAAUUUAAUGGAUUUAGAAGAUUUAAAAAUGUUAGGAACAAAUCUGCGGUUCAAUAGACCCCGUAGUUUUCGUUAGUGAGUCGUUUUUACAUAAGUCAUGGUAACUAAAUAUUCAUUACAAAAACAGCAAAAUUUACUCACUUAUUUGUUUUUUUUCAUUCUUUCCAUCUUAACAUAUUGGUACUCGUCUUGGUUGAUUUAUUAUCUAAUAUGUAAACCGACUCGGAAAUAAGUUAAAGUUUCUUGGAUUAAGAAGGAAAUUUGUAUUAAUUGAAUAACAUUUUAAUUUAUUACACUGCUCAUAACCAAGAUGAUUGCUUUUAACUAACCUUUUCUUGAAAAGUCCAAUAUUCGCCUCGUUUGUUUUGAUUUAUUGCUCCAUAUUUAAUUGGUAUAACUAAAAUAUACGUAACGUACGUGAUUCCACAACAAAAACAAUUACACUUGUGAUGCUGUUGCCGUGCCUAAAUUGUUUUAAAAGAACAACGUUUCUUUAUGAUCAAAAUCAUAAAUAAACCGAAAUGUAAACAUUUUGAUAAUGUUCAAAUAUGCGCGCCGCACACUUCAUUCCAUUGUACGCUAGCUUAACAAGUCAACAGUGAAUUAAAACAAAACUAAGCCAUUUUAAAUUAUUCAGCUUUAAGAUAUAUUUAAAUAGCAAAAUAGUAUAUGUAUAUUUAGCAUCAUCAUCAUUAUCUAAAUCACAUUUUAAUAAACAUUUUACCCUUCGUUUUAUACAUACUUGUGUUAAAAGGAACGGUGCGUCAAACGCGGAGUGAAUGAAUCAAUGGAUUACGCAAAUUUUUUGCUUAUACUCUGUGGAUAUUAAUUAAUCAGGGACUAUCUUCGGUACUAGUUAAUCCUCGGUUGGUCUUGGAUUUGUAAUAAGAAUGAAUUUUAGUCCGAGUACUAACUUUAAUACCGUAACAAACCUAGACUUUUUAGUCUUGGUUUAAACCCAGUACUAACCUAUCUUUUUGUAAUAAGGCGGUAUAUGUUUAAUACAUGUGUUUGCGCCUGUUUAUUACAAAGCUCUAGUAUGAAGUAAGCGUGUUGUAUUGUGUGUAUUUUUAUUUAUAAGAAUAUUUUAAUCUCACCAAUAAACUAAUUUUGCAAGUA